CGCACGCUGCUGCUGCUGCCGCUGCUGUUGUUGUUCCCAAUCACAGUUUAACUCGUCCGGAUUGUCUCACACUCGGCCGCCCCGUCGUCUCCUUCUCGGGCAGCAGCUGAUGAUGAGCCUGGGGGGCAUAUUUAAAGCCCCGGGGGGAAGCGGAAGCCCGGUCUGCCGACUGUUAUCAGCUGAGGGCUGCUAGCUAGCUGCGGAGCGAGCAGCGUCUCGUUAGCAUAGAGAAGCUAGUGGUGCUGCACUUUCUCUUGUGCUUCUAGUUCACAUUUUACCAUGAAGAGAGGAGGAAAUAUGAGUUGUUCAGGCCGGUGACGACUGCUGCUGCUGUUUAACACCACAAAGAAGACAACAUUUGAAAUAUUGCCAAUCUGUGGACAGCAGGAAGAGUGUUGGCCUCGGUGUCCCCCUCAGUCAUCCCUCGCCUCCAGCCGUUGACACCCUCAGCACCAUCUGCGCUGCCAGUGCUUGGACGCUGUAACCAUGACGACAGGCGGGUGUUGCCACCUGCCUGGCUCUCUGUGCGACUGUGCCACCAGUACGGGUCUGUGGAAGAGCGUGGAGGAAGCGGGCGGUGACGGCUGCCAGGCGCUCUACGUCACCCAGGUCACGGCUAUAGAUGGACGCUUGCUGUCGUCUGUGCUCAAACCCAUGAGUGCACAGAGUGACGGUCCCAUCUGCCGCAUCUGCCACGACGGAGGCAACAGCGAGAGUCUUUUGUCCCCGUGUGACUGCACCGGUACUCUGGGCACGGUGCACAAGAGCUGCUUAGAGAAGUGGCUGUCGUCUUCCAACACCAGCUACUGCGAGCUCUGCCACACAGAGUUCAGCAUCGAGCGCCGGCCAAGGCCUCUCACAGAGGUAACAAAGUGGCUACGAGACCCCGGCCCUCGUAAUGAGAAGAGGACGCUGUUCUGCGACAUGGUUUGCUUCCUGUUCAUCACGCCUCUAGCAGCCAUCUCCGGCUGGCUGUGCCUGAGGGGCGCUCAGGACCACCUUCAGCUGGGGAGCUGGCUGAAGGCGGUGGGCCUCAUAGCUCUCACCAUCGCCCUCUUCACCAUCUACGUGCUCUGGACUUUGGUGUCCUUCCGCUACCACUGUCAGCUGUACUCGGAGUGGAGAAGAACAAAUCAGAAAGUGCGUCUGCUCAUUCCCGAAGCAAAGGAGUCCAGCUCUUCCCAGCAUUCCUUGCUCUCAACCAAACUGCUAAAAAAGUCGGCUAAUGAGAGCAUCGUAUGAGACCACUGGAGACGGUCGAUGAUACUCUUUAACACAUGAGGGCUGAUUCUCCACGCAUCAGGCCCACUGACUAGACUUUAAAGAAGCACUUGUGGGCUUUUUUUUUCUUUUUUUUUUUAAAUUUGUUGCUUACUUCCAUUAUUUUCUCUGCCCCCAUUGGUACAUAUUUUUUCACGUUACAUUUUAUAAAUCUGUCCCGUGGGUGCAGAAGUGAGCACAUUUAAACGGAGUCUGUACGUCCCCACAUUGGGUGUUGACCAAAGGCACUGAAGAAUGGAGCGACACGAGGAGAUGUUGAGAAACAUCGACGGUGAGGCGACGAUAUAACUGGUUAACAGUGACAGUAGAAUGAGGGAUGGACCAAGUUAAUUUGUAAAAUGCAAUGAUUGUCCUCGAUGGUCAAGUGUAGCAGGUUCAUUCAUCGUGUACUUGCAGUGAUGAGAAUACAUGUGCACUUACCCACUUAGGCCUUUUGUAUCUGCACAGUGCUGAGGAGCUCUUUGAAGUGUGAUCACUGAUUAAUCUGUAAAGGACAAACAAAAAGCUUUUUUUAUUUCAUAUUUCACAAUCCAGACCUCAGUGUGCUGUCUGAGGUGAAACUUUCAACACAAGCCCUGUUCUUUAAAAGUCUCGUCCUCCGGCUGCGUGACAUCAGUUAAAACAGUGACUGUGCAAUAAAAUGUGUUCAGGUCUUCACAGUACAUGAAGAGGCCUCCAGCAACAUGCACAGUUAUGCACGCAAGCAGCACUGUUAACAGCUUUUGGGGAAUAUUUUUUUUUAAUGUGGAUGUCUUCAAAAAGAAUUUUUUAAACCACUAAAAGAACUGAAAGGAUUUACUAUUCCUACUGAAGUAGGAUUUAACAGCGUCCUCAUAGAGGUUCUAGUAUUAUCAGCACUUAACAAGUAGGUCUUUAUAUUUAUAAAGAUGGACAGGAAUCUAUCGAAAUGACUUUUAGAGGAACAUUUCCACAAGUAUCGUUUGGUGGCCGGUGCAGUGUACUGAAGCAUCAUUUCUGUCGCCUGUACUUAAUCGUCGGCUUUAUUUUUGCACAUUGCUGCGUAUGUGUGUCUUUUCAUAAUCGCAACAAUCAGGGAUUCACAAACCUCCUGCAAUCUUUAAACAGGUUCUCUGAUUUCGAUGAAAGUAAAACUUUUCCAUCAGAGACUUUUUUUUUUUUAAGCUGGCUUACAACCAACAUGUGGAUGUUACUGACCAGUUUCGACUGUUAGUAGUGUGAGAGAGUCGGGGAAUUUUAGUUUCCACGACAUCGUUUGGUGCAGCUUUCAAAACGAGUCAUUUGCGGUGACUGUUACUGAACCUGCCGGGGAAAUCACAAACUGCAGCGUCUGCCUGGGAUCCAGAUUUCCGGGUCAUAACGUGGUCCAGUUUUGAACAUAGUUAUUUUCCUCAUUCCACUUAAUUUAGGUUAUGGGGAGACGGUUAAUUGCUUCUUACGCACAUUGCGGGUCGUCCGCAGGGAGACGAGCUUGAAGAUGAUAAAUCAAACAGUGCGUGUAGUGCUGAGAGUUGAUUCAGUGGACCUGAUGAAUAGCGUUGACUCAAACGUGCUGGCUUUGGAAAUGCGUUACGAAUGUCAUUUUACAGGAUGUCCAACCUGGAGCUCAGUGUUAUUUUGCGAAUCUUACUGCUUCAUGUGGGGAGCAGUUAGAAGAAUACCUUAAGGUGGUAUUGAAGGCAACGGAAGCUUAAAAGUAUCCCAACAAUAAUCAGUUUUGUUGAUUUAUUAAUGUUACUAUCAUAGCUAAUUCUGCUAUAAGUUACUGGCUUUCUGAUUCGGUCACUUUUUUUUAAUGACAGAUGAUGGAUUGUGGUUUGUUCUUCAUGAAGUAUAUGAAGAUUUUCUAGUGGAUGGAUCCAUUUUGUGGACAAAGUAUUGACUCAUUGUAAAUACGUGCAUCACUCAUGGUGUUGAGAGGCCAAAGCUCUGGAUUUUUAUAGAGCAUUUUAGUUUAAUAAUGCCUUUUUAUUUAAAAUUAACUUACGAACAAUCAGACUCGAACAGUAAAUUAUUUUUUACUUAAACCGGGAGAAUGUGUUUUUACACUCGUCCAAAAAAAAAAAAAAAGAUUUAAUGACUGGUUCCUGGUGAGCAUCAAUUUGUUUCCUUUUGCACUUGGUUAUUUUUACAGGAAUCUGUUGAUCUGUGAUGAUGUUUAAAGAUUAGUGGACACUUGUGUUGAGAACAAGGUGAAGCGCCAGAUGAGAAGCAUAUGGCUUUAUUUUUCUUUCUUAUCUGUUUGACUUCUGAUAGCGUUUGAUUACCAGCAACCAGUGGCUCAAUCAGUAAUUUCCUCUCCGUGGCCUCUUGUUGUUUACAUUACACUUGGGUACAUUUGGCUCCUGGUGCGUCCUCCCACAUGCUGCCCCAGUUUAAACGCUUGUUUGUGUUUUUAACUGAUCCCAGAACAAAGGAUUAUAUCCUGCAAUACUGCGAUGCACCCGGGGGUUCGUCCGCCUUUACGAGCUUAUGAGUCAUUUGAUCAUCCGUUUGUUUACUGUUUGUCAUAAGUGAGGCUUUUUUUUUUUCCUCCCCUGGGAUGUAUCAGGAUCUGUUUGGGCACAGAUGUGAGGAGAUGCGAAGCUGAGCUGCAAGAAACAACCGAAUUUGUACGUUAAUGCAAACGAUUUUUCUGCCGAUUCACGCCACUGUGACGAGCCAGACAUAAAGUAGAUUCCCUGCAGAGCUUUUAAAUUAAAGAGUCCUGGCACUUUUAUCAUCAUCUAAUGGUUUCUUUAAUUUCCACAAUCCAGAAAGAGGUUUUAAAUCUUUGUUUUCUUCGUUGUUACUCACACAAAAAUGUACAUGCUACUUCUGUUGUUUUCAAUCUGAUGUCUUUUUUUCUUUUUCUUUCUUUCUUUCCAAGGCUGGGUUUGUCAAUAUGUAUCAUUUGUAAUUUAUGUUGCAAUUCUUAAUAUUCAUUUUUAAAUAAUACAAUGUUUAUGGUGUGCUGUGCAAAAAAAAAAGAAAAGAAAAGAAGGAUGUUUUCAUGAAAAUACUGGUAACUGCAAUCAGCCAGGAGUGGUUUGAAAAGCAAAUAAAACAUCAUAAACUAUGA